GCAACACACAACAAAUCUCAUUUUUCGAUGAGUGUGUCGUGUGCGAUCGAUGUCAACAGAAAUCUGUGAAACGCUAGUUAAAGCCCUUUUUGAACAACCUAUACUGUAAUUGACUUGUUGAUGUUAACCAAAUAAUGCUUCAUUUUUUAUCAAAUACUUUUAAAAUGUGACUGAAUGAUUCGAUUAAGUAUUACUCCUCUCAACAAGAUCUCAUGUUGAGAUGUUUAAUGGAACUAUGACAGAGCACUCAGCCACGGAAUUAACUUCCGAGAUUGCAAAGGCUGCGGAGGAGGCAUUGAUCCCUCUGCAAGAUGAUCUAGCAGACUGGUUAUCCAGGGUUUUAGAUGUUGAUAUCACAACAGGUAAUUUCAUGGAAUCCUUAUCUGAUGGGGUGUUACCAUGUAAACUAGCACUUCUGUUACAAAAUAAAGCUGAAGAGUGCAAGAAACGUGGGUUAAUUGCGGAAGACUUGCCAAGAUCACAAGUAAAAUACCGGGCCAAUGCAAGAAGAGGUUCAUUCUUUGCGAGGGACAAUACAGCAAGCUUUUUAAAAUGGUGUCGGGAAAUUGGCCUUGAAGAUACGUGUUUAUUCGAAACUGAAGGCUUAGUUCUACAAAAGCAGCCUAAAGAUGUGUUGGUAUGCAUAUAUGAGUUGGCAAGGAUUGCUGCAAGGUACGGCAUUGAGCCUCCAGGCCUAGUGAAGUUAGAGAAGGAGAUUGAACGAGAACAGACCAAUCCUAGGCCAGUGUCAGCAAUUCCAAAGGCAAAAAGGAGUCCAGUUGGUGCCUUAGAUGUAGAAGUGAUGAAAGUAGCGAAUAAGUCUGGUCAUGGUCUGCAGAUUAAAAGGAUAUCUGAAGGCAGGUAUAACAUUGCAGGAAAGGUGGUCUUUAUCCGGAUGCUACGGGGCCGGCAUGUGAUGGUACGUGUAGGGGGCGGUUGGGACACGUUAGAACACUUCCUAGAAAAGCAUGAUGCUUGCAAGAUGGUUCGCGUAAGCCGUCAGAUAACGGAUGAAAGGGGCGUUCCUGUACCCGAUGAUUUCUUCGUCAUUAAUGCAAGAUACAAAGGGAGCCCUCCGAGUAGAAGCCGACCUGGUAGUACAAAACGUGCAACAUCAAGAUGAUAAAAAAGAAAAACAAAUUUAUAUUUAUCAGAAAAAAAUUUUGAAAUACUUCCAGCUGAUAUCAAUAACAAAAGUAUUUAAAGAAAAUAUAUGAUAAUCUGACCAAAAAAAAAAUUUAAAAUGAAUCCUAUUUAUAUUCACUGUAGAUCUGAGAUUAUUUAUUGAAAUCAGGUUGAUGGUGGAAGUUGAAGCAUAUUGUAUGUGAAAUGUGAUAAUACCAGUAUCUAUAUACGAAUGCCAUCACGCUAAUGUGUCCUUUGAAAUGGAUUUGAGGAUUUCACAAGAUGAAUAUUAUGAAUGCAAGCAUCAAGAUUAAUUACCGCAGCUGUCUCCAUCAACAUUGAAACAUCCAAAUCACAGUAAAAUAAUUUAAUUUAUUCUUUAAACUAGGAGUCGUUUCUAUAGCAAGCUACUGAUCUCAAAAGAUACUGCAUAAUGAUAGUAUGCAUACUUAGCGGAUGAAGUAGAUUGAAUCAAUAGGGGCGAGGGGAGAAUUUGCAGGAUCUGGACCAAGGGGAAUGUAAUUCAGCAGAAAAUUGUCAAUUCAUAUAGUUACUAAUAAGAAACUAGGAAUUGGUUGUUUUAAGCCUUGUCCAGGCUAUUAAAUUUCAUUUGACAGAAACAUGUGACAUGCCUAAAUAUGGUAAUGAUGACAUCACAUCAUAAUCAUAUAUAGGCACAUCAUGUCUAUAUAUGGUCAUAUCACAUUUUUUUGUCACGUAAAAUUUGAUAGUAUUGAGAGCUUUAUAGAAAAAUUUUCAGGGAUUGAACCUAGGAUUUUGGCAUUACAAGGCAGGAGCUUAACUACUAUGUCACAAAGAUAGGGAAACAAAUUAUACUGUCAGAUAUUAAUAAACUAUUGCAACUAAUAUGAAAUAAAAAAAUGUUUACAAAUCAUGUAAUGAAAAAAAAAAUCACAAAUCAUCCCAUGUAAACAAUUACAAAGUAGGGAGACAAAUAUUUACCCACCAGUAAUUGUAGGUUUAAUUUAUCCAGAAAUUAGAGAUCCAAAUAUUUACAUCUUGUUCAUGUAGAUUUUUCUCAAAUAAAUUGAAAUCCAUAGGCAAUAAUAAAUAAAAAUGAUACAACUUCCUUUAGACUGAAUUUAUAUAGACAAAUCAUUGGUAAAUUUUUGAUACACAGAAUAUUGGAGUUUUCUAAAACAAUUGUAGAUGAUAAAAUCUCCAUUUUUUUGGAGUACAGUAUAUUUAUUCUAAUGGUUUUUGCUCCUGUUUCGAGGUAUAAAUUCUUUUUCCAGGUAGAAUAAAAGGGGUUAAACUCUGAUUGUCAAAUAUAUUUAGAUCAUAAAGAAAUACCACUCUAUAUUAUAGGAACAGAAACUGUUUUAUCACAUAUGAAGGAGAAUUCUAACAAAAAAAUUCCACCUUAAAAUUUGCUAAUAAAACGUGUGUGUGAUUUGCCACUCAUUUAUUAAUGAGCUCGCAUUCAAGCAAAACAAAACAUCUCAUUGCUUCCAUCUUAACCAUGCACCACCGAACAGAUGUAGGUAAUUAAUUUCAAUGCUUAUACUUGAUUUUCAGCUAAUAUUUGUUUAAUGGUUUCUGAGAGGUUGUAUAUUAGUGUUUUAUUUGUAAAAAGUGGAAAUUAGAUUGUUGUGUCCAUUAAAAGUAUUUCCAUAAACAUGGAAGUAUUUUAAUGGAAUUGUUACUUUGCUAGGGUUCCGUGCAAUUGAAAGCAAAACCUGUGUUAAUUUAUUUAGGAUUAGUUGUGUUGAUUUAUUUAGGAUUAGUAUCACCUUGCUUAUUAAUUAGCUUUAAUAGUUUUAAGUAUUUUUGCACCAAAUAGUGUAACACCUGUGAUAAAAUUUUUAGUAUAACAAAGAAAUUAAUAUUUAUUUUUUGAUAAGACAAUUAUGUAUAGGUUGUUUUAGUUGGAAGUUUUACAAAAUAUUUAAGAAAAAUUAUUUACCUUAAAAUAAAUUAUGUAUCGCUGAUAAUUUAGAGUAAAAUAGUUGUUAUAUAAUCUGAAUUUUUCUUUAAAACCAUUGCAGUGUUUUAUGUAUUGUAAGAAUGAUGUGGGUGGUAAUCCCACAUGUUCAUGUGAUUUGUAUGAAAUAUAUUCAUACUGGUUAAUGUAAACAUUCUGCACUCUCCAUUCUACGAUUCGCUUUUACACAGCGUGUAGCUCGUGAUAUGCGACACCACCAAUAACUGUUAGAGUGUAAUUUACAUGUAGCUGGUGUAUCAUGAGAAUUUGUUAAAAUGCCACAUUGUUUUUUUUUAAUACAUCUGAUUAGCACAUUAUAAAAUGAGCAAUUUAUGUUUACGUUAAAUUUCUCUUCUAAAUUCCAAUUAAGCUCUAGUUAAUAAUUAAGCUGAUUAAUUAAGAGCUUAUGAACUUAGUAUGUUAAAAAGAGCAUGUAUAUUUUCUUACACAUGUAGUAAUAGAUGUAAAACAUUUUUGAAGGUUAUGCUGGCUGAAAUCUGUCGUAUUGGCUGUAUUAUAUAAUUGAAGCUAAUGUUAGCAUGCAUGUUUGGUUUUGGAAUAUAGAGGGGGUACUUUCUGUUUUGCUCACAGUACUUAGACUAUUUAUUAAAUUUAUUGGUUUAAAAUAUCUUUUUUUACCAGAAUUCAAAGUUUGUGAUUAUAUAUUGAAAGUUAUUGUAACAUUUAUAGUAUAGUAUAAGAAAGCAUUUCUUUUAAAGAAUUUUACAAAUUUUCUUGAGAAUUAAAAUUAUAGUUUCUAACACCUUAAACAAUUUUAAAUAUAUUGAUUAGUCACGCAAAGGAAAAUCCGAUUAUGUGCAAUUAAUAAGUGAACUAAGAAAAUGAAAAUUACUUCAUGCAAAAAUUUGUAAACAAUAAAUCAUUGCAAUAGAAUUUACUAAGAAUUUUUGCAAAAUUAUGUCAAAGACCAUAAGAUUAUCAAUCAAUACAGACCUAUUAAUAUUUAUCUUUAAUUUUGAAGUUUUACAUUAAGAUUCAUUUAAGUGUUGUGCAAAAAAUAACUGUUGUAUGAGGCAAUAACACAUAAAUUGACUGAUUUUUUCCAUUGUAUCAUGUUACUGUGUUUAAGUUUAUUCAAUAGAUGUGCACUAUUUACACAUUCUUAAUUAAAAAUAUGUUAAUUGUACACCUUGUUAAUUAUCUUACACCUUGAAAUGAUGGCAGCAUUGUGUAUCAUGUUGGUAUAUUGGUUUCAUAUUUUAUAUAAUUGAUAAUCAUAUAUGUUGGAAUAUCUAAAAGCUUUCAUUCAUGUGCCUUUUCUAUUUUAUAAGCAUAAGGAAUGCUAAUUGUUCAAUUUUUUUUUAGAACCACCUGGCACUUGCGUCAACUUUUAACCUGUAGUUGCAUUUUAAGCAUUAAUUUACUUACUUUCAGAUUAUUAUGUAAUCUUGUGUGAAAAAGUGCAUAUUUGGUCUGCACUUUUUUAGAUAUAUAAUUGUCUAUGCCUUGUACCCAACUAAGGCUCUUGUCUGUGUCAAUAUAUCAUACCCACCUAAAAGGCCUGUGUUUUAUGCCUUGUACCCACCUGAGGCCUGUGUAUAGGCCCUAUACCCACCAUAGGCCUAUUUACAAGUAGGCGCUUGUGCUUUUUGUCCUACCACUCCUUCCAACGUUAAAGAAUUAUAUAAUCUGUGGGUAUAAAUGUUAGGUCUGAUCACAAUUGAUAAUACCAAUUAUUGAUAAACUGAGAUCUACUUAUUAAUCAUAUUCAGAUAUUAUUGUUAUAAAAGUUACGAUAAGUAUAGCAAGCGGUCUGUAAGCCAAUCGCGCUGUGUUAAAUAAAGGCAAUACCUAGCUGUAGAAAGUAAUCUGCACUUAAAAACUAAAAUUGUAUUUUUAUAUGAAGUUAGCAUAGGAAAAGAAAGGUUUCACUCGCUUUAGCUUGUUUCAGAAUUAUGUACUUGUGUGAGGAAAUCAGGGUAUUGAUAUAUUAUAAUUAUUUGAAGAAGAGACAAUUGUUUUUAAUUUAUUCAUAUAUUUUUAUUAAGAUUAUUUUAUGCUGAAAACUUUAGAAGAAUGCUCAGUUAUUAUUUUUAGAACAGAAAAAAAACUAAUAAUUGAAAAAGAAUAUUUAUUUGUUAUCCUUUGCCAGGGCACAGAAUAUUUUAUAAAGCAAUUCAUGCUAAUUGUUCCUUACCAAGGGCAGACCAAUCGUCAAUGGAAUGAAAUGGUUUAUCUAGGUAUUUCAAUCCUAAACAAUCGUAUCACUAUUACUUAGUUGCCAAAGGCUUUUUGUCUAUAAUUUUUGCCAUAAUUCAUUUUGGUUCUGUGUUGUAAUUGUUUCAUGUUCUUAAAAGCAUUUGCAAAAUAAUUUUUUAAAGUUUUAGCUUGAGACUCACUUUUAAUGGCAUGAAUUUAGUUCAUAAAUUUGUUAAUUAUCUUCAGAAUAUAGAUAAUAUGGUGAGCAUUUCUUCCGAACUUUUACUUUAUUUGUCAAUGAUUUUUAGGAAGGGCUUUGAUAAUAAACUAUAAGAUGAAA